GAAAGGGAAUAAGUAAUAAAUAACUCAAUCAAAAAAAAUAAACUCCAACAAAAAGAAAAGAAACAAAAGAAAAUAGAAAAAAGGAGGAACCAAAUAUCGCAUUCGCAAUAAUACUUACUUCAUUUUAUCUCUUUCAUAAUAAAAUCGAAAGUAUCACAUUUCCAAAUAGCUUAAAAUCUUCAAAUUCAAGAUAACAAACAAGCCAUAAAGCAACAACCAUAGCAUUUUAAUAUAAAUAAGCGAUUAGACACCUCAUUUAUUUCUUUAAAACUUAUUUUAUCUCUAUUUUUGGCAAAACUAAUUCUAAGUUUAAAAAUUAAGAUGUCAACUGAGAAUCAUCACAAUAUGCAAAUGAUGUAAAACCCUGAGGAUUUGCAUCAAAAUAAAUUAUAACAUUAAAUUUUGAUGUAGUAAUAACACCUUCAACAGCCUUAAGGCGGUUUGCCAAUGGUUGAAACUGCUUAAUUUAGAGUAGCAGAGAAUUAAUAGCAUAAUUUACAAGGUAACUAGUAGUUUUUACAAGGGAUAUCAACAUCAUCUUCACCUACUUUUCCAGUCAACGGAGAGUAAGAUAAUCAACAAAAAUAGGCUAUUUAAGAAAAGCAAGCAUAAUAAAAUGCCGAAAUCGUCAAUUCAACCCAUAAUCCAGCAAUACCUCAAUCUAAUACAAAAAUAGAACUCAACUCAUAGCAAUAAUAGCAAUCACACUUAUAAUCAGAAUCAUAAGAUAUAUCUGAUGAGAAUGAUGGAGACAAUGAUGACGAUGAUAAUGAGAACGAUGAUUAAGCUGGAGGAGACGAAGGUGGAGAUGAUGAAACUGGAAAGGGAGCAGGAGGAAAUAAAAAGAAAUACCAAGUGAUUUCAUAAGAAAUCCGUGAAAAGUUUAUACAGAAAGUCAUCACCAAACAAGUGACAAUAAAGGAAGCUGCCAAAGAAUUUGGAUUGAAGUUCUCAACCUCUAAGGCCAUCCUCUAAACUUACAAGAAGGAAGGCCGUAUAGGCAAAAAGAAAACUCGUCAACGUAAGCCUCGUUUAGUUAAAAAAAUGAUUAUGAAUCCUGAUCCUUUAAACCCCUCCUAAGUCAUCCAGUAAGUCUUUUAUACAACUGAAUCUUCAGUGAUGGCAGCUAAAAAUUAAUCUUAGGCUACAAAUUUAGUUAAUCCAAAUUCCGUCGUAAAUGCAGCUUUGCUAAACCAGCCUAAUUUGUCUUAAUUUAUAUUUAAAAAUAACAAUAUAAGUAAUUUACCUGUUUAGAAUUAUGGUACAAAUCCUUAAUCAUUGCUCGAAGCUUAGUACUUCAAGCAAAAUAUUUUUAACAAUAAUCUCUAUCCUGGUCAAUAGCAGCCUAGCCUUUAGCAAAAUUAGCAAUAAUAAUUCAACUUAUAGCACUCAAAUUUGCUGAACUAAUAAAACCAAACUCAGUCUAAUUAGAUUGGAGGUUAAUAAAACGCCUUUUAAGCAACUCUUACUCCAUAAAUUGGCCCUGCAAUUGGAAAUAAUGAUUUAAUUAAUAAUUUUAUGCUUAACAAUUUAUCUAUGGUGGGAAAUAAUAAUUAGUAAUCUUAAAUGUAGUAAGGAUAACAAUCUUAGAUUUAAUAGCAAUAAUAGUAAAGUUAAUCACCUACAUAAUUAAAUCCUAAUCCUUUACACCAUGCAUUGUUAGGAAUGAAUGGCGCAAACACUACCAAUUAGCUUAACUCCACUCUCAACUAUAAUUAAAACCCUCAAUCUAAUUAGUAAGCUUUCCCAUUAUUAUCAUAAUAGUAAGGAAUCAAUACACUCUUUACUCAAAACAGUCCCUUCUUGAAUUCUCAGCAAAAUACUAGCCAAUAGCAAUAAUUGAACUAGCUACUUGGAUAAUAAACUACAUACUCCUUCCCUAUUAGUAAAGGAUCUGCUGAUUUUACUUCAUAUUUAAAUUUAAGCCAAUUCGGCUAACCUCAGCAAGCUUCUUCUACUUAAGCUCAGAACCAAAGCAGCCAACAAUAAUAACUCAAUUAAUUUUUAAAUACCUAAGGUUCAACUCAAAGCUAUGAUAUACAACUUAAUCCAGCAAAGACAGAGAGCAAUGGUGGGUCUCAAUCAAACAGAAAUGUCACUAAUGGAGAAAGUGGCAAUAAGGAAAAAACUUCUACAGACGAUUAGAAUGCUGUUGCCAAUAAAUCAUCUCUGCUAAGUGAAUUGGCAGAGUUAUAAUAAUAAAAUUUUAAAAAGUAAAAUUAUACACACCAUUUCCCUACAACUGAGCCCAAUCAAUCGUACUAAAUGAACCUACCUACAACAUCUACUAUAAACACAACUAAUAAUUCUACAAAUUCCAGUGCCAAUCGUCCUUCACAUUUGUAGAGUAUCUAAUUCUUCGGAAAUUUAGGAGGCCGUAAUGAAUCAGGAUCAUUUGACAGCAUUAAUGGCAAUGCCUUAAACUUUUAAUUCCUUGCAAACCAAUAAUCUUUAGAAAAUAAUCCUCUUUAUUAACAUAAGCUAUCAACUGAUUCUUUAAAUUUCAAUUUGUUUGGAAGUAGUGCAGCUGGCAAUGUACCUUUUACAUUCCCAAGUAUUGACAUGACUCCAUACCUUUUCAAUAACAACACAACCACUUCAGCUGCAAAUAAUUAAAUAUUUAACUCUUAAAUUCACAAGAAUUCUAUUUUCUGA